AUGGCGCAACUAGACACGCUCGACAUUGUCGUCCUGGCUGCCCUCCUCCUGGGCACUGUCGCCUACUUCACAAAGGGAACUUAUUGGGCCGUCGCCAAAGACCCCUAUGCGGGUUCCCUCGCAAACGGUGCUGCAGCCAAGGCUGGCAAGACUCGGGACAUUCUUGAGAAGAUGGAUGAGUCUGGCAAGAACUGUGUCAUCUUCUAUGGUUCGCAGACCGGCACUGCCGAGGACUAUGCCUCGCGUCUGGCANAAGAGGGCUCUUCUCGCUUCGGCUUGAAGACCAUGACGGCUGAUCUCGAGGAAUACGACUUUGAGAACCUCGACUCGUUCCCCGAAGACAAGGUUGCCAUGUUUGUCCUGGCCACUUACGGCGAGGGCGAGCCUACCGACAACGCCGUCGAGUUCUACGAGUUCAUCAGCAGUGAGGACGUUUCCUUCACCCAGGGAGGCGGAAUCUCCGAGAAGCCUCUGGCCAACCUCAAGUACGUCGCUUUUGGUCUCGGCAACAACACUUACGAGCACUACAACUCCAUGGUUCGCAACGUUACCAAGUUUCUCGACAGGCUUGGUGCCAACAGAAUCGGCGCUGCUGGCGAAGGUGAUGAUGGUGCCGGCACUAUGGAAGAAGAUUUCCUGGCCUGGAAGGAGCCCAUGUGGAAGAACCUGGCUGAAGCCAUGCAUCUGCAAGAGCGUGAAGCAGUAUACGAACCCGUCCUCGAAGUCACUGAAAAGCCAGACAUGGACGCCGAGUCGGACGAGGUCUACCUGGGCGAGCCCAACAAGAACCAUCUGGAGGGUAAGCAGAAGGGUCCUUUCAAUGCCCACAACCCCUACAUUGCGCCAAUCGCCGAGUCCAAGGAGCUUUUCACUAUCAAGGACAGGAAUUGUCUGCACAUGGAAAUCGAUAUCAGCGGCUCAAAUCUUUCCUACACCACCGGCGACCACAUUGCCGUUUGGCCUACCAACGCCGGCAAGGAGGUUGAUCGUUUCUUGAACAUUCUCGGCCUUGGUGAGAAACGCCACAUGGUCAUUUCCGUCAAAGGUUUAGAUGCCACAGCCAAGAUUCCUUUCCCCUCGCCCACCACUUACGACGCUGUCGUCCGCUACCAUAUGGAAAUUUGCGCACCCGUCUCCAGACAGUUCGUUUCGGCUCUUGCGCCCUUCUCGCCUAAUGACAACAUCAAGGCCGAAAUGACCAAGAUGGGCAGCGACAAGGAUUAUUUCCAUGGUCAGGUGGCUGCUCGUAACUACAACCUCGCCCAGCUUCUUGAGUUCCUGUCUCAAGGUCAGACUUGGGAUAAGGUACCUUUCACCAUCUUUAUUGAAGGCCUCCACAAGAUCCAGCCCCGCUACUACUCCAUUUCCUCGUCCUCCUUGGUCCAAAAGAACAAGAUCUCCAUUACUGCUGUUGUCGAAUCUGUCGAAGUUCCAGGAGCAUCUCACGUACUCAAGGGUGUCACUACCAAUUACUUGUUGGCUCUCAAGCAGAAGCAGCAUGGUGACCCUAGCCCUGACCCCCAUGGAUUGAAUUACGCAAUUACUGGUCCCAGGAACAAAUACGAUGGUAUUCACGUGCCUGUCCACGUCCGCCACUCUAACUUCAAACUACCUUCAGAUCCGUCCAAGCCCAUCAUCAUGAUUGGUCCAGGUACUGGUGUCGCGCCGUUCCGCGGUUUUGUUCAAGAGCGUGCCAAGCAGGCACGCGACGGUGAGACUGUCGGUAAAACCAUGCUGUUCUUUGGCUGUCGAAAGAAGUCAGAGGACUACAUUUAUGCGGAUGAGUGGGAGAACGAUAUGGGUGACAGCUUCGAGAUGUUGACCGCCUUCUCCCGUGAAGGCGCUCAAAAAGUCUAUGUGCAGCACCUUCUCAAGCAGCGCGCCGCCGAAAUCGACAGACUCCUGCAGCAGAAGGCUUACUUCUAUGUCUGCGGUGAUGCAGCGAACAUGGCACGUGAGGUAAACACUGUUCUGGCACAAAUCAUUGCCGAGCAAAGAGGGAUUUCAGAAUCCAAGGCAGAGGACAUUGUCAAGGCCAUGCGUAACAGCAACGCCUACCAAGAAGAUGUUUGG